AUGCCAAUAUCAGUCGCCAGGUCCAUUGUCGAGACUGAUGCCCUGCCUGAAGUCAUGCAGCUUCUGCCAGCAAGACAGCAGUCUCGUCAUGGCAGCAUAUCCCACCGCGGGCCUGGCACCGAGGACCACAAUGCCAAAAAGGCCCAAGUCAUCGCUGUGAAGAUAUCUGAAGGCGGCACAGGCAGUACGGUGAACGGCUUGGAUGGCUACAGCUGGGCUCUCAACGAUAUCAUCGCGGAUGACCGCCAGAACCUCUGUGAUCAACCUGCGCUCCAAAACCGUCUUCCCCCUCGCGUGGAAUAA